UUUGGGAAGGAAGCGACAGCUAAUGGAUCGAACUGACACUGUCUAUGACUACGUACUCUUGGGCUUCGCCUUGGGAGCUGCGGUACCAUUUAUCAUAGCAAAUGGCGUGCUCUUCGUCCAUCGCAAUCGCUCCUACUUUCGAGCACAGGGAGGAGUGUACCUCGUACUGUGCAGCUCUUUAGCUGGCUUGGUCUGGAUAUCAUCAUCUUUUCUCAACGAUGGUCACUUCCAGCAUACCGGGCCUUUUAUAAGCGGCGUCCGAUGGGCAUUUUGGCUACAAGGACUGGGGGUUUGCUCCUGGUUCAUGCUCACGGUUCUCCGGCUUCGUCGGAUGUACGAGCUCAGCCGGAACAUCCACAAAUGGUCCUGGGGAAACUACGCUCUACUGCUCGCCUCCAUGCUUCCAGUCUUGGUUUUGUUCGUGGCCGCAAACUUGAAGCGAGAGAGCAGGGAACAUCAUGGUACGCUAGACUCUGCGAGAGUACUCACUGUCCUGGCGGUCUACACUCCAAACUUGCUACUGGUUAUCGUGUUUAUGUACAAGCUGCGCAACCAGCAAGAUCCUUUGUUGACUGUGGAGUACGCGCACACUUGCGAGUACUUGACUAUGGCGGUGGCCAUCUGUUUUCUCGCUGCCAUCGCGGUCUUCACAGGGGACAGCGAAAGCAUUGCCGGCAGAUGCUUCUUAACGUUUUGCGUCUGCUGCCUCGUCUUCUUCCACUUUUGGAUCCGGUUCGGGUGGCCAGUUUACUUGUGUCUCUGGAGACCGGCAGAGGACAUGGAUAAGUUUGAGGAGGAACUCACGUCCGCUGGUGCUCGGGCUUUGGCCGUCGUUCCCAACCAGAUGCUGCAUUUCCCGUCGUCAGAAGGUGCCAUUUGGGAGGCUUUCUUCAAAGCGAGCGAGGAACUGGAAAGUUACAAGGAAGAAAUCCGGAAGAUGGAAGCUCAGAAGUUGCUGUUAGAGGACAAGGUACGAGAGCUGCAGUGGCAGAAGUGGACAAUGGCUGGAACUGGUCAGUUUUAAGUUAUUGCAAGACUUGGAAGAAAUUAUUCCAAACUUAAUAGUAGGGGACGAAGCCACGAUUCACAGCCGCUCU